CGUCUGCUGAGCUCUGCCUCUGACAGGCCUAAUGAGACGCAGGUGGUCCCCUGGCCCCGGCCCCACUCACAGUGCCCUCCUGGCCCUGCCGCUGCUGCUUCUCCUCUCUACUACCCGCUGCGCCUCCCAAGUCUCCGGGAUCCGGGGAGAUGCUCUGGAGAAGGCCUGCCUUCAGCAGCCCCUGGACUGUGACGACAUCUACGCCCAGGGCUACCAGACAGACGGUGUGUACCUUAUCUACCCCUCUGGCCCCAGUGUACCCGUGCCUGUCUUCUGUGACAUGACCACUGAGGGCGGAAAGUGGACGAUUUUCCAGAAGCGAUUCAAUGGUUCGGUGAGUUUCUUCCGGGGCUGGAACGACUACAAGCGGGGCUUCGGCCGUGCAGAUGGAGAGUACUGGCUGGGGCUAGAGAACCUUCACCUCCUGACACUGAAGCAGAAGUACGAGCUACGCGUGGACUUAGAGGACUUCGAGAACAACACAGCCUUUGCCAAGUACCUCGAAUUCUCCAUCUCACCCAACGCAGUCAGCGCUGAGGAGGAUGGCUACACUCUCUAUGUGGCAGGCUUCGAGGACGGCGGGGCAGGUGACUCCCUGUCCUACCACAGUGGCCAGAAGUUCUCCACCUUCGACCGGGACCAGGACCUCUUUGUGCAGAACUGCGCGGCCCUCUCCUCAGGGGCCUUCUGGUUCCGCAGCUGCCACUUCGCCAACCUCAAUGGCUUCUACCUGGGUGGCUCCCACCUCUCCUAUGCCAAUGGCAUCAACUGGGCUCAGUGGAAGGGCUUCUACUACUCCCUCAAGCGCACUGAGAUGAAAAUCCGCCGGGCUUGAGGGCUGGCUCCCACAGACCCCACCCCUCCCUUUGCCCCACUCCCAGAGCCCUUGCCAUGUUGAUUAUUCUGCUCCUAGCCCCAACUUCCUUUGCCAUGGCUGAUCCCCUCCCAUACUCAGGGCAUCUGGCUCCAAGCCAUGCCUCUGCUCUUCUACCUUUUGGCUGCACAGCCAGCAGCUUCCCAAGCCUUCUCUAAGGCCCAGCUGUUCCAGCCUAGACCUGGAUGGGCUCCAUAGACUCAUACCUGCCUCUGCCCUGUCCCAACAGAUAAAGAGCCAGAAGCCACUCUCCAGAUGUUUACGUUCCCCUUCAGCCAGCUUUCUUACUGCAGACUCCUCCAUCUGGGCCACCCUGGAUGCCAGACUGAGCCGGCACGGUCAGACCAGUGCCCACAGUGUGUGCCAGGCCACCUGCGUGUGGCCACCACUGCCACACUCAAGACUCCCUCUGGCUGUUUUAAGACUAUCUCCAAGCUCUGGCCUCCCUUCCACAACUUAGGCCCCUGUGGUAAGCACCACAGCUGUCAACCCCAUUUCACUAUCAUAGUCAGCUUCCUCCACCUGCCUGUCCCAACUCCCGAAGCCCAAUGCCAAAACUGUAUUUCACCAGAGUUACUGCAUGCUACCCUGAAACAACCACUAUAGUUAGGUAGGCAUAGAUAUGAGGUGCCCCGCCCCAGCCCAGGUCGAGAUGUGGCCAUGUAAAGGAGCAGAGACAAUCUCUGUGGGGAUGGGAGAAGGGAGCGGGGGACUCAAUAAACCUGCAAGACGUGAAUGAA